GUUAGUUUACACCAGCGGCCGGAUGUUCUGUGAGAAUACAGGUCCAACAAAGACGGGAAAGCCCCCGGGUUUUAAGCCUACUUCGAAACACAAACUAAGGGAAAACAAGUCCGCUUUGCAUGUGAGGCCAAGUAUCUGCUGAGUCAACGAUGGUGAACAAUAUUGAAAUGGACGUUGAAAACAAUAGGGACCAACAGGGGUCCAGUGCAGCUCAUGAACCUGCCCAGCCGCAGCCACAGGAGGCUGGGGUGCCCAGAGCACGGUCAAGGGGAAGUUCAGGGGGUGAAGGAGGAGGAGGAGGAGAAGGAGGAGGCAGUGGACCAGAGCAGAACGGCCAGCCACCCACCGCCCGUGCUCCCCGCGUGGUGGAGACCGAGGAGGACGAGGAUGAAGAGCUGACCUUGAAAUACGGGGCCAAACACGUCAUCAUGCUGUUCGUCCCCGUCACGCUCUGCAUGGUGGUUGUUGUGGCAACCAUUAAGUCAGUCGGCUUCUACACUCAGAACGAUGGACAGAGAUUGAUCUACACACCGUUUCCUGAAGACACAGACACGGUGGGACAGAGAGCUCUGCACUCCAUCCUGAAUGCCACCAUCAUGAUCACUGUGAUCAUCGUCAUGACCCUGGUCCUGGUGCUGUUAUACAAAUACCGCUGCUACAAGGUGAUCCAAGGCUGGCUAUUCCUCUCCUCUCUGCUCCUGCUCUUCUUCUUCUCUUACAUCUACCUCAAAGAGGUUUUCAAGACCUACAAUGUGGCCAUGGACUAUUUCACCCUGGCAAUAAUAAUCUGGAACUUCGGAGUGGUGGGCAUGAUGUGUAUUCACUGGAAAGGACCUUUGCGGCUUCAGCAGGCCUACCUCAUCAUGAUCAGCGCCCUCAUGGCCCUGGUUUUCAUCAAGUACCUGCCAGAGUGGACGGCCUGGCUUAUAUUAGCUGUCAUAUCUGUCUAUGAUCUGUUAGCGGUGCUCUGUCCUAAGGGGCCUCUGAGGAUCCUGGUGGAAACGGCUCAGGAGAGGAACGAACCCAUCUUCCCAGCUCUCAUCUAUUCCUCUACAAUGGUGUGGCUCGUCAACAUGGCCGACACUGACAGGCCACAGAGGAACUCGACAGAAGCAGAGCCGCCUCAACAAGACGCCGUGGCGUCUCCUGCGCCCUCCACUCAGUCGCAGGACGACGGGGGCUUCAACUCCACCUGGGUCAACCAGCAGGAGCACCAGCUGGGAGCGAUCCAGUCUACUGAGGAGACCAGGAGGGAGGUCCAGGAGAUGCCGUCUGAUCGUCCCCCUGUUGAAGAAGACGAUGAGGAGCGGGGCGUCAAGCUCGGCCUCGGAGACUUCAUCUUCUACAGCAUGCUGGUGGGAAAGGCCUCGGCUGCAGCCAGCGGCGACUGGAACACCACGCUCGCCUGCUUUGUAGCCAUCCUCAUUGGUCUAUGUCUGACCCUGCUCCUCCUCGCCAUCUUCAAGAAAGCACUCCCCGCUCUUCCCAUCUCCAUCUUCUUCGGCCUGGUCUUCUACUUUGCCACCGACAACUUGGUACGGCCCUUCAUGGACAAGCUGGCGCUACACCAGUUCUACAUUUAGCAGGACGCAGCUUUGAUAACCUUCCCACCCACAUGAGUCUCUGGCUAACAACAUGAGAGUGUCCCUUUCACAGCCUGGGAACAAAAGAUGAUGACUCAUCCUUUCCUACAAACUCACAAUGAUGGGACACAAGUUAUUUUUGUUCUGCCUUUCUUUCUGGCGCCAAGAGACGGUAUUCCCUACAACAGCUGUUCCCACAUAUUUUACUUUCCAUUUUUAAACCCAGAAAUGACAUUUCAGGCUCGACUUUGGACCUCAUCUUCAAAUUGUCCAUCACUGGUCUCAGGCAAAAUCUGAAAUGAGUGAGAAUAUUUUACCUUUAUUUAUCCAGGGAAGCUUUUCAACAGCUCAUCUGCUACUUUUUCGUCCAGCAGCGCCCGCUUUCACUCCACUCACAUUCAUAUCUAGGAGCCGGUUCAACUACAGUCUUCCCCAACUGGGGCUUAACAGCAGGUGCCUUGCUCAUGGACACCUUGGUGUUAGCUGUUGGGUGAAGGAAGACAGUUUGAUUGAAUUUCUGCUCCUAAGACUUAAAUCAAACAACUUUUCCCUUCAUUUUUCAUAUCCUCCGAGCUACGAGCGACCCCAAGCUUCACUGAAGAUUCAAAAAACGCCUUCAAGUAAUGGAGACGCGAUGAUGAUAUUGAUUAUAGAUCGAUAAAUGUAUAGUUUGAUUGUGAAUGAGCCGUCGGUCACCACAGAGUGCUCUCCUCACCACUGUUCCAAUGGUUAGGACCUUUUGUUUUUUCCACCCACAUUUGACAUAAAAAAAUGAUCUCAAAGCUCUGACGCUGGAGAGAUUCACAACCAGAAAGAUUUGCACUGAACACGAUGUGUUGAACACAUCACGUGUAGCUUUCACACGUGGGAAAGUGGAACAUGUAUAUCAAGAAUUUGACUGUUUAUGUGACACUGAUUUCACCCCCUUUUCGUAACUUAAAGCUGUAGUGUGUAACCUUUGGUGAUUCUAUUGUUCUGCCUCUGGUGUUUGGUAACAGAAAGGAUGUCUCAUUGUUUGUACUCCAACCUGUUUGCACUCGUCUCGCUUUACUAGCUCAAUGCUGCUGUCGCCUCAGUCAGUCUUUACGUGUGUGCGGCGUGGCUCCAUAAGAUCUAAAAAUGAUUAUGGGAGUGUUGUGUGAACUCAUUUGACAGUGGCGUGAAUGUGACAGCCAUUUGAUUAUGCUUUAAAGUUACACACUACAGCUUAUUGUUGCCCCAUUGACUGAAUUGACGGCACAGAACUGCAGAGGGAGUCAACUUGACACACGCUCACGCCGAGACUCAUCUGCCGCUGCCGUUAGCUGUGUUUGCUGUCAGCCACUGAGCAGUUCUGCUGGAGCAGUUGGAGGUUCAGUGCCUUGCUCAAGGGCGUUUUCAGUAGUAGUCGUCGUAAUUGUUGUUGUUAUUGUGAGACAGAAACAUGCUCAUUCAUUCUCUACCCUGACUGAGAUGUACAUUUUUUUUUUUGUAAACAUGUCCAGGGAUUGUAACCUGUGAUCGUCUGGUCGCAAACUCCGAACCUUUAGGCAACAGCUGCCAUUAUGACGCUCGCCUGGUGCUGUCUUUAAAACUAUGCUACAUCACACACACUAAAAUAAUUUUGUCUGUACACAGACACUGUUUUUUCCCCCCCCUAAGAUAUGCAGAAGCACCACUUUGUACUUUUUGAAACAUAAAUGUUAGCGGGGAUCCCCGACACAUAGAUCAGAAAAAUCUGAGAAAACGUGACAACAAACAAACAACAGGAAAAACCCUGUCCUUGUAAACGAGGGAGUUGAAUUUGUGGACGUUAAACAUGAAGAGUCUAGUUGGCUAUUUUAAUCCAAUUGAACAAGAAAACAUUUUGAUUUGAAAUGUGUAUGGACUCAAACUCGGUGGUUUGUGCUGAUGAGCUGCACUCGUUGCUCUUUUGAUGUUGCGCUCGACUUUCACUAUUAGUAGCAGAGAAAAGAAACCAACAAGGAACAAUCUACUAAACUUGUUCUGAGACUUUUCUCAAACCUUCGGAGAUCUUUUCCCCUUUUUCUUUCGGGGGAAUAUUUGGGGUGAUUGGAUUUUGUUCUGGCCUUCACAUACGUACAUGUGUGUUAUGCAAAGGUUAUUCAAUUCAGAUUUUGUUCUUUUUUUUAAUAAACAAAGUGAAAAUAA